AUGAUCGUCCUCGUCGCCCUCGUCGCCCUGCUCCUCUAUGGCCUCGCCGUAUGGCGCAAGGAACGCACAUCUCCCUUGCGGAAAGUGCCCGGUCCUUGGUACGCGCCAUGGACGUCGUUACCUCUCGCGUACCUGUACUCUCGCGGUACGAUUUGGAAGCAUGUCCAGUCGAGCCAUCAAAAGUACGGCGAUGUCGUUCGGCUUGGUCCUCGAAACGUCUGGGUCGCCAAGCCCGCCCGAGACGUCUUUUCGAAGAAGACGGACUUCCCCAAGACGGCCGUCUACGCCGAGCUGGCCGCGAACCGACACUACCCCGGCUUGGUGGGGGAAAUCCGCAACGAAAAUCACAGGCAACUGAGAAGACUGUUUGAACCGGCCUUCACCACCGGCUCGGUCGACGCAUUGGAGCCCGUCUUCACGAGCUGUCUUGCCGCCUUGAUGGACAACUAUUCCAACAUGGCCGUCCGAGGACUCGACGGCUUCGAUACCGACCUCAUGGUCGAUCUGCAUCAUCUCGCUCUCGACAUAAUCGGAGAAACCUGCUUCGGCCAACGAUUCGGCCAGGUGGACAAAUUGUUCAGCUCCAACUCGACGCGUACAAAGGAACAGGAAGCGUGGUCCAAGAUACCGCGCGCGAUCUUCGAAGGACAGGCGCGCCGAUAUCGGACGGUGUUUCUGAAACGAUUCCUGCGACGCUUCGGUUGGGACAUGACCUUUAGUUGGCCCCAGUUCAUGACCCAAGCCAUAACCAACCUCAUCGACGAGAGGCAGUCACGGGCGAAAGCUGGCGGACAACCCGUCCGAGAGGAUAUUCUCCACCACUUUCUGAACAAUGGACAGGCGGCGACCAAGGGCGAUGCUGGCGCGCCUGCGGGCAUGGAGAUGAACCACCAGUACAUCAUUGAUAACAUGUCGGAGAUUUUCCUGACCGGAUCGGAGACUUCGGCUUACACCAUGACCUGCUUCUGCAUGGAGAUGGCGAGGAACCCAGAUGUCGCAGAGAAGCUGUACGCGUCCCUGCCCGUGCUUGGGCCGCAGGACAGCCUCAUCAGCGACAAGAGCAUCCGAGAGUCGGAAAAUUUUGAGUAUUUGGAGGCAUGCAUCAAAGAGGUCCUUCGACUGCACCCGGUCAUAUCGGAGCUCGGACGACACUGCAUGCGGGAUGAUUACGAGGUCGACGGGUACCGGCUUCCCAAGCACACGAUCCUGUGCGCUUCCGUCAUGAGACUGCAGCGGCACGAGAAGUACUGGCCCCAGCCCAUGAGGUUUUGGCCCGAGAGGUGGCUCUCCGACGAGCCAGAGAGCGUGGAUCCUAGCACCCAAGAGGCGUACAUGCCAUUUUCUCACGGCAACCAUGCUUGCAUCGGCAAAAGGUACGCCUACGCCGAAAUGCGAACCGUUCUCGUCAACCUCUUUUCGCGCUUCCGUGUCACAGAAGUUGCCGAGCAGAAGGUUGACUUCCGGCUCUACGUCACCAUGCAAUUUUACGACAACAGCUGGAAGGCCAAGCUUGUGCCGCGUUGGAAGUGCGGUUGA